UAGGGGUCCACGUGUCCAAUAACUGGGUUAUCCAGGUGGGGCUGGGGGAGGCACGGGAUGCUGGGGGUCCCGCGAGCCAUUCCUGGUUUUCCGGGAUGGUGGACGGGCUCCGAGGAGAAAGGAGGGCGCCCCCUGGCGGCCCCGACGCCGCCGCCACCACGGCUCCCACAAUGCUCGCGCAGCCCGGCUUCGGGCUCCAGCGGCAUCGGCUCCAAAAUGGCGCAGACGAUCUUCGAGGCCCUGGAGGGAAUGGACAAUCAGACUGUCCUAGCUGUCCAGUCACUGUUGGAUGGCCAAGGAGCAGUUCCUGAUCCAACAGGCCAGAGCGUCAAUGCACCCCCUGCUAUCCAGCCACUGGAUGAUGAGGAUGUCUUUCUCUGCGGGAAGUGUAAGAAGCAGUUCAACUCCCUGCCGGCAUUCAUGACCCACAAGCGGGAACAGUGCCAGGGGAGUGCCCCACCCCUGGCCACAGUCUCACUGGCUACCAACAGCAUCUACACACCUUCGGCAGCGCCCACAGCAGUCCAGCAGGCCCCGCCUCCUGCCAAUCGCCAGAUCUCCACGUACAUUACCGUGCCCCCAUCCCCACUGAUCCAGACCCUGGUGCAGGGGAACAUCUUGGUAAGCGAUGACGUGCUCAUGUCUGCCAUGUCGGCCUUCACGUCCCUGGACCAGCCCAUGCCCCAGGGCCCCCCGCCUGUGCAGAGUAGCCUGAACAUGCAUUCCGCGCCGAGCUACCUCACCCAGCCUCCACCUCCUCCUCCACCCCCUCCACCACUGCCUCCACCUCCACCCCCCCAGCCUCCACCACCCCCAUCCCAGAGCCUGGGUCCCCCCGGGCGUCCCAACCCUGGCGGGAAUGGCGUGGUGGAGGUGUAUAGUGCCACAGCACCCCUGACUGGGAGUGGAACGGUGGAGAUCCAGGCAUUGGGAAUGCAGCCCUACCCACCCCUGGAGGUGCCAAACCAGUGUGUGGAGGCUCCAGUAUACCCCACCCCCCAGGUGUACAGCCCCGGCAAACAAGGAUUCAAACCGAAAGGACCAAACCCUGCUGCCCCCAUGACCAGCGCCACGAGGGGCGCAGUGGCCACCUUUGACUCCCCACCAUCGCUGAAGACCCGACGGACCAAAGGUUCCAGUGGACUCCCAGAAGCUGCAGGGAAGCCAAAGGCUCAGAAACUCAAGUGCUCGUAUUGUGACAAGUCAUUCACCAAAAACUUCGACCUGCAGCAGCACAUCCGAAGCCACACUGGUGAGAAGCCCUUCCAGUGCAUUGCAUGUGGCCGUGCCUUUGCCCAGAAGUCUAAUGUCAAGAAACACAUGCAGACCCACAAGGUGUGGCCUCCAGGACGCAGCGGUGGCACCGUUUCUCGCAACUCUGUGACUGUACAGGUCAUGGCCCUGAACCCCAGCAGGCAGGAGGAUGAGGAUAGCACAGGGUUGGGCCAGACCCUGUCGAGCGCCCCGCAGCCCCAGGCCUUGCCCACAGCAGGCGGGGAGGAGGGGGACAAGCUGGAGGCCAAGCAGGUGGUCCUCAUCGAUAGCUCUUACCUGUGUCAGUUCUGCCCCAGCAAGUUCAGUACCUACUUCCAGCUCAAGUCCCACAUGACCCAGCAUAAGAAUGAGCAGGUGUACAAGUGUGUGGUCAAAAGCUGCGCGCAGACAUUCCCAAAGCUCGACACUUUUCUGGAGCACAUCAAGAGCCACCAGGAGGAGCUGAGCUACCGUUGCCACCUCUGUGGCAAGGACUUCCCCUCGCUGUACGACCUGGGCGUGCAUCAGUACUCACACAGCCUCCUGCCCCAGCACAGCCCCAAGAAGGACAGUGCCGUCUACAAGUGUGUCAAAUGCGUCAACAAGUACUCCACCCCCGAGGCGCUGGAGCACCACCUGCAGACCGCCACUCACAACUUCCCCUGCCCGCACUGCCAAAAGGUGUUUCCUUGUGAACGCUACCUGCGGCGUCACCUGCCCACCCACGGCAGCGGGGGCAGGUUCAAGUGCCAGGUGUGCAAGAAGUUCUUCCGGCGGGAGCACUACCUCAAACUGCACGCUCACAUCCACUCAGGUGAGAAGCCCUACAAAUGCUCAGUGUGUGAGUCCGCGUUCAACCGCAAGGACAAACUGAAGAGACACAUGUUGAUCCAUGAGCCAUUCAAGAAAUACAAAUGCCCCUUCUCGACACACACGGGCUGCAGUAAGGAGUUCAACCGGCCAGACAAGCUGAAGGCUCAUAUCCUUUCCCACUCCGGCAUGAAGCUCCACAAGUGCGCCCUGUGCAGCAAGUCCUUCAGCCGCCGUGCCCACCUCGCUGAGCACCAGCGCGCCCACACAGGCAACUACAAGUUCCGCUGUGCCGGCUGCGCCAAGGGCUUUUCCCGCCACAAGUACCUCAAGGACCACCGCUGCCGCCUCGGCCCCCAAAAGGACAAGGACCUGCAAGCCCGGCGGCCCCCCCGGAGGAGGGCAGCCCCCCGCAGCGGCAGCACUGGUGGCCGCAAGGUGGUGACCCCCAUGCCUGACCCGCUGGAGCUGGAGGAGCUGAAGGACACAGGGCCUGGGCCAGUGCCCGAGGCCGCCCCAGGCAAGCCGCCCUUCUCGGAGCCGGAUGCCGUGCUGUCCAUCGUAGUGGGGGGGACGGUGGGGGGCGAACCUGAGCUGGUGGUGCCUGGGCAUGCCGAGGGCCUGGGCUCCAACCUGGCCCUGGCGGAGCUGCAGGCAGGGGCCGAGGGCCCGUGUGCCAUGCUUGCUGUGCCUGUCUACAUCCAGGCCUCGGAGUGACGGACCCAUGGUGUUUGCUCCCGCAUCCUGCCUGAUCCUCACCUUUGGGUCCAGGGCCUCUAGGAGCAGACGCGAGAUCCUUCCCAGUGGAAGUGAGCCAUUGGUCAAAAUCCUUUUGGAACAUGCUCUGUAAACCCUGGCCCAAGGCCGCCUCGCUGUGUCUCCUGUCCUGCUGGGAAGCCCUGCAGCUUUCUGGGAUCUGAGGCAGCUGAGCCUGAAUGGCCCAGGGUCUGGCUGGUCCAGGCUGGUGGUCAGGCUGCCUAAGAGAGAAGACAGGGCAGUCCCACCCACCCCUUCUCCAGGCUGCCUAGGGGCAGACUCUAGUUAAGCUGCUCUUCAGGGGCCUGAUACGGUUGGAGCCCUUACCUUUUAAACCUUUUCACAUGCAGUUCUCCCAGCAUCCCCAGAUGACUCUGUGAUGUAGGCAUGUAGGAGGCACUCUAGUGUUGUGGUUAGAGUUCCGCUGUCAGCCAGAUCUGGCUUCAGAUCCAAGCACUGACACUUACUUGCUGUGUGACCUUGGGUAAGUCACUUCACCUCUCUGAGCCCCGCAUUCCUCAUCUGUACAAUGGGGCUUAUGACAGUACUACCUCAUAGGGCUGUCAUUGGGAUCCAGUAUGAUGAAAUGUACAAAGAGUUUGGCAUAGAGUUUGGCGUAGUGCCCGGCACUUAGAAAGUGCUCAAUAAAUGUUUUUAUCAACAUG